UGUGGGGACUUACCUGCAUCCUCUGUUCUCCCUUGGAAACUAACCUUGCUCUAUGUUGUUUCCUGUGUUCAGAUGGUGUGCAACCCAAAAGAUGUUUUAGUAACAUAUCAGGCUACUGCAGGAAGAAAUGUAAACUAGGGGAGAUAUCUGAAAUGGGAUGUAUGCAUGCAAAAUUAUGUUGUGUUAAUGAACUGGAAAACAAAAGAUAUUUGACCCGUCACCAGCCAGUUCAACCUCAUGAAGAGAAGUCAGAGGAGUUAAAGGACUAUAUCAUCUUACCUACCAUCACAUACUUCACCAUCAGCCUGUAAAUGAGGCACUGGUCCCCUCGGAUGCUACCUGCCUUCCAUCAGAAGCGCCAUUGAACUCAGCGGACUGCAGCAGAUCUAUUUCCUUCUGUGAACUUGAUUCUCCACCCAAUAAAGUCCGACGCUUUGUCCAGUA